UGGUGUGGUGGUGGGAUGUAUGGACGUGGGGAUAGGCGCGGGUGCGUGCUGUGACGAAACUAGGACAGUGUAGUUUUUUUUUCGAAGUCGCCGAAAAGUCGAAAGAACAUGUGCGACAUGCAGAACAUGCCAUCAAGAGAUGAUACAUCUUGUGACGAAGAUAGCGAGAUGAAUUUCGCUACGUUUGCUGCGGGGGGUGCACAUUUCGUGACCACUGGAGGGCAGCUACCUGUUACGAAAAUUCAACAGAAUGUGUCGAACAAUGGAAACUCUUUAUCACAGAUGGUAGGUAUGGUGGGGGGUGUCACUAUGGGCGAGGGUGGCAUGCAGUAUGUCCGGUCGCUGGACGGCGGCACCAGCUUGCAGCCCACUCCUCAACUCAUCUCCGUGCCUAUAGCGUUGCCCGGAGUCAAACCUGGUGAUCCGCAACCAACGGUGCAAAUACAGGUGCUCAAUCCGAAUCUACUACAAACUCAGCAACAACCGAAAUAUCAUAUGCAAAUACCCAUACAGGGAUUACAGAAUGGUGCUGUUUUGACCUUGGCGUAUUCACCGGAAACUAACGACGCUGGCACCUUACAGCUUGUCGGACAGAAUUCAUUAGGAGAAGGGCUCCAAGUAUUAACCGCUCUCUCGCCAGAUCUGCAAGUUAUGCAGCCUUCACAAACUCGAACACAUGACAGUGAACAUAACCAGCCUACUAUGCAUCAGGUAUUCAUAACACCGAACCAACAGAUUAUUAUAAAUGGUCCGGAUAAAGCUUUGAACAACAACACAGACAACAAUAAUCCGAACAUCACUAAUAUUACCAUCAAAGAGGAAUGUGAAGAAAACAUUGAUGAUGAAAGUUCACAAGGGACUGAGACAAGUGACAGUAUGUCAUAUCCAUCGAACCCCAGUGAUGAGGCGCUGCUCAUAAAGUACCUCAACCAAUUUCCGCAGGAAAAACAAUCAUUGCCUGCUUCUCUACAACAGUUCUUAAGGCUGAAACAUACUGAGGCAAAAAAGCAGAUGAUCGAAGUUGAAGUUCCACCAGAGCACGACAAAACAGUCGAGGCCGUCGCUGAAGCCAUUCUCAGUGAAGACGGCACUUUAAGAAUAAAAAGCAAGAAAAGAAAGAAAUACAAAAAGAAGCCAAGUAAACUGGCCCGACCGAAGCCAGGGCAGGUUGUCAUAGCGACUGCCGCCGAUGGAACACCCAUAUAUUGCUGUCCAGAAUGUCAGAUGGCAUACCGAGAAAAGGAUGAACUGGAACAACACCUUAGUGUUCACAAGAUCGAGAGGAGAUUUAUAUGUGGAAUCUGUGGCGCUGGUUUGAAACGCAAAGAGCAUCUAGAGAGACACAAGCUAGGACACAACCCGGAGCGGCCCUACGUGUGCUCCGUCUGCACCAAGGGCUUCAAGCGACGGGAACAUCUCAACCUCCACGCCGUGCUGCACUCAGGGGUCAAGACUGAGAUAUGCGGAGAAUGCGGGAAAGGCUUCUACCGUAAGGAUCACCUCCGCAAGCACACACGGUCGCACGAGAGUAAGCGAGCUCGCGAGCAAGCGGACGCGGCCACUGCUGAGAAGCCACAACCUGCCAACAACAAUACUUCUAGUAUACCCGAGAUCACCAUUCAUAUUCCAACGAGUUCAAGCAUGCAAGUGCCCAUCGAGAUAAACAUCCCCCAGCACCUCGUGACGUCACUGGCGUCAGCGCAGCAGCAGCAGCAGCAGCAACAAGCACACGAAACACUGGACGCCCUAUUGGCCCAACACACCUGACACUCUGCUUAGCGGCCGCCCACACCGACGGGGAAACUCACACCAUGCCUUCGAUCCCAGCCCUAGAUAAAUGGGUAAAUGCAUAGUUUUUUUUUUUGAUGUUUAAUAACACUCUAAAAUUAUCUAUUUCAUUUUUCAAUUUAAUAAAUGUAAUGAUUUUUCCCUUUCUAAAGAUUUCCGAAACAAUCAUACCAAGCAAAAGAAUCAAAAAAAGAACGAAAAUUGAGAAAAACCUCCCAUUCACGAGUUCAAAUAUUUGGUUCCACAAUCAUUGAAACUAAUACACUACAAUUACAAUAUUUUUCAGAGGGAACCAAUUAUUUUUAUUGCUUGUUGAUAACGUCAUGCACAAGCCAUCAAUCAUUAUACAUUUAAGAAAUUUGAUCAAAUCAAUGGAAACCUAAAUUUUAAGAACCUGAAUUAGGCGAAUAAAUUAGUUAAUAUUCUAGAUCUUGAAGGGAAAUGUUAGUAGGCUACUUGAUUAUUAAUUUCCUUUAUUGCGAAUAAAAUUUAAAUUAUAAGAUUGUUCUCGUAAAUUUAUGAAUUUUUAUAAGUCCCCGAAUGCUUCUUCUUAAAUAUAGAGCAACAAUGAAAUAGGUAUAUAUGGAUAAUGUUAUUGAUAGUGUAUAUGAAAUGAUUUAUUUUUGUAAGAACAUUGAAUAUUCAGUAAAUUAGCUAGCUGUACAGUUUUAUAUACAUAUCACACAUUUCGUGUAAAAAUAGCUUCAUUUCAUGCGUAAAAUUUAAGUUCGCAGUUGUGAUGUUGGCAAAAUGUAGACAUAGUACACAUUUAACAAGCAUAUUUCAGAACUACAAAUAAUUAGUGUAAUGUAGAAAGCACUAAAGUGAAUGAAAACAAUAUAUAAUUUUAAACAGGGUUCUUUGAAAAAGGGAUUAGCAUAUUGUUCAAAUGAGCAAGAUAUAAUGGUUUGUAAAUAAUUUAGAAUUUUGUACGGUACACUUUAGUUGACUGUGAAUAUAUUGCAGUGUAUAGUUUAGAAUUUUCUUUGCGAUAUAUCUAAAUGUUUGAAAUGUCGAAUUGUCAUACUAAAUAGAGGUCAUGUAUAUAAUCUAGAACUUUUUAAAAUAACUCUUAAAAUAUCCCUGUAUCAGUUAUAUUAUUAUUGAACUAAUAUUUUACCUCUGUUUUUAAGUAUUUGGAUUACAUUGUACUUUACUAUGUUAAUUGAAAGCAAUUACCUGUAUUAAUGGUUUUAGAGUAUAUAUAGAUAGUAUAGAAUAUGCGCAAAAGGUUAUAUUAUAUAUGAAAUAUUAAUUGUAUUCUAAUGGUAAUCUGAUAUAACUGUUAUGUUACUAUCAUGCAAGAAUUUGUUGACUUUAGAUGGUGAAUGCAUGAGUUCUGCCUAAGUUUUAAAUAAUAUAGUCAUUAAUUGAAUUCAUAUUCAUAUUCACAUUCACAAUAUAUUGCUCUACUGGAUUGAAAUGAAAGAAAAUAAAGUAUCGGUAGAUAUUUGAAAUCUACAUUUAUAUAUUUUAAAUUGAGUAUUGUCAAACACAAUAAAUCCUGUCACUGAGACUUUGGAACCAAAUGUUGAGAAAAAAAUUGAGUUAUUAAUUGAGAAUUUGAAUUCAUUACAAAAGCCAUAUGUUUUCAUUUCUUAUUAUGGAUACACUGCCUUCGUAUACAUAUUACUAAAAUAUUUUGAGUUAUUUGCUUUAUGUAUAAGGCGCGGCUAACAUCAAAUAUUUGAUUUAAUAAGUGAUAUAAAUAAAAAUUGCAUUGCAUCGCUCGAUUAGUUUUAAGCAGCGGUUCAUCUAUGCCGUGAUAUUGCUGACAAUAAGCGAUAGUGAUCACUUACUGUCAGGUAGGCGCAGCUACCGGGGCGCAAAAUUAUCACAACGCUAAAGCCCCCACCUUUGUAUGAGGUUAAAAUCACGUUUGUCAAUUGUAUUGUGAUAUGUUCUUUGUAUUCCCUUCUUACACGACAUUGAAGCUACGGUUCGAUCUAUUUAUUAUUUUUAAAGACAUGGAGCGAUGUAUGAUAGAAAAUAGCACGUAUGUCUUUAUAAUAAAACUAAAAAUACAAUGCGGUGAAUGAUAAUCUACCGAGCACAAGGUCCUGAAUUGUAUGUCUUUCUAUACGGAUAGUAAGGUUUGUAUAUUUUUUAAAAUUUCAAUAAAAUUUAACUUUUACUCUCGUAUUAUGUAUCGAAAGGUCAUAUUGUUUUUUUUUUUUAAUUCAAAACGAAUUUGACAUUGAUGUUUUGCGAUAUGGAGUGUAAGGAGUACCACCUCAGUGUAUUAAAAAGAGUGCCCUAAAAGGGAGCCAAUUAAGAUGGCGCCACAGUACCAUGUGAAAAGAUUUAAAAAACGGAACGUGUGACGCUGUGGUAAUUUUAAACAAGAAAAAUCAUCGCCAGUGAAAUUUCACAUGUGAAGAAAUGAUUGUGAUUUUUUUUAAAUUCAUCCAAUGAAAAUGAAUUAAAAGUAGCAAUCAUUUCCAUGCCUACAGCGCAUUUCACUCUGUUUAAAACUACUAUAUUCAUAUCAUUUCCUCUUCCU